AGGUGGAGCUCAUCCUGUUGGAUGGCUAACCCGUCCAAUGCCGUUCCUCAGAAGGUGGGAUUUCCCCAAGCCUUUGGGAGCACCCCUUAUCAGCCCACUACCCAGUUCUCGCAAUUCGCACGACCAGUCACCACAGUACAACCGCAGACAAGUGCGUCGUUGAGAGGGAGCCCAUUUCAACCUCCACCGUCAUCGGUGGCACAGUUUCCGAGUGUGCCAAAUUUUCCUCCUAACACACAAGCAGUAAAUGGCUUACCGCAGAAUGGGCCAGUCGCGACGGGGCAACCUUAUGCUAACGUAAAUGGACCAUCUUCUGCCUUCAAGCCUUUCGGCACUGCUCCAACUCCGCCCAUUCCUCCAACUUUUUCUGGAUCCCAUACAACUACGCCUUCACCUGCAUAUCCCUUAGGCACUGCUACACCACCUAUCCCUCCAUCCUUUGCUGGAACUAAUUCAGCCAUGCCUUCUCCAGCAGUUCCUGGUGGUACUGCAGCGCCACCCGUUCCUCCAUCAUUUCCGGGAGUAACUACAUUUCCACCUGCUCCUCAGAGGCCAGUUCAUCCUGGAUCUUAUCAGCCAGCCGCUGGGCUUCCUCCUGCUCCUAUGAAUCAAAAUAGCUCAUACAAUCACCAGUCUUCGUCACCUUUUCCAGCACAAGCAAUGCCACCUCCGAUGCCUCCAAUGCCUCCUGUUCAAGCUAAAUCGUACCAUCCUCCGUCAACGCAUCCUGCUCCGUCGACACCAACAGCAGGGAUGCCACCUGGUAUGAAUCAGAUGCAACAAGGAUUCAGCCAAAUGAAUAUGGGCCCUAUGACGACUACACCGCAUCCGACUCAUCCCUCAUGGACCGGAGCAUAUCAAAGUGACUCUCGUAUGGCAUCCAGCCCUCCAUACACAUCGGACAUCGUUGAUUUGAUGGCGGAAAGAAAUAUUUUGCAGCCUGGAUUUGACGAUAUUGAGUACAGUCUCCCGCAUAACAUGGCUAACAACACGGCACGAGUGGAUCCAGCUGUAUUCCGAUGUACACUGGCCAUGGUUCCGCAGAAUGAAGAGCUACUAAAAAAGAGUCGUCUUCCACUUGGGCUCACCUUGCAUCCGUUUCGCGAUAUGAAGAACCUUAACAUAAUACAAACAUCGACGAUUGUGCGCUGUCGAUAUUGUCGUACAUACAUUAAUCCAUAUAUUUACUUACCGGAUUCACGACAUUGGAAAUGCAAUAUGUGCAGUAGAAAUAAUGAUCUUCCCGAUGACUUUUGCUGGGAUCCUAACACAAAAUCAUUUGGAGAUCCUGUCAAUCGACCAGAAAUCAAACAUGCAACGGUCGAAUUCAUCGCUCCGAAUGAAUAUAUGUUGCGGCCGCCACAACCAGCCGUUUAUGUAUUUGUAUUGGAUGUCAGUGCCGCAGCAAUUGAAGCUGGGUAUCUCUUCGCGUUUUCUGAGCAACUUCUCAUCAACCUGGAUCAGCUUCCUGGAGAUGACAGAACUCAGAUUGCAUUUGUUGCUGUUGACUCGAUGGUGCAUUUCUUUCAAUUCAACUCGGGAUCUCGGCGUUUGCCAAAAGAAUUGAUUGUUGAUGAAGUCGACGACAUGUUUCUUCCGACACAUCAAGGGAUUUUGGUGUCUCUCAGAAAGAAUGCUGAUGUUGUGCGAUCAUUUGUAGAGAAGUUGCCCGUUCUUUUUGAGAGAGCAUCCAGCUCUUCCAGUUGCAUUGGAUCUGCGCUUAGAAUCGUACAUGAUUUGAUAGCGGAAAUUGGUGGUCGUAUCACUGUCUUCCAAGCCACGCUUCCAACGCUUGGUUCAGCCGCUUUGAAGCCUCGAGAAGAUCCAAAUCAAAGGGCUGGAAGUGACGUGCAAAAUCUCGUCCCGGCAACUGAUUUCUACAAGACACUAGCUUUGGAAUGUACGGGACAUCAGGUCGCUCUAGAUCUCUUUAUGUUGAACACGCAAUAUGCAGAUCUUGCCACGUUAGCUGAAAUCGCUAAGUUCUCCACUGGAUGCGUUUAUCACUUUCCGAACUACCAUUGCCUUAACGAUAUAAUACAGGUUAAACGUUUUGAAAAGAUUCUUGCGAGAUAUCUGACCAGAAAGAUCGGCUUUGAGGCCGUUCUGCGCAUCCGUUGCUCUAGAGGAUUGAGUCUGUCGACAUUUUAUGGAAAUUUCUUUGUUAGAUCCACGGAUUUACUUGCACUUGCAAAUGUCAAUCCAGAUUCUGCAAUCGCUGUUCAGGUGGAGCUAGAGGAGAAACUUUCGACAUUUGUAUGCUUCCAAGCAGCUCUUUUAUACACUUCGAGUAAAGGGGAUCGGCGUAUACGCGUACAUACGAUGUGUUUGCCUACUACCGCCGAUUUGGCGCAAGUGUACAACAACUUCGAUUUGAAGGCGACGGUCUCUCUUAUAGCAAAAAUUGGAGUUGAUCGGUCUCUGACUGGAUCGCCUCUGUCGGACAGCAGAGAGGCGAUUGUGAAUGCAGUAGUGGAUGCGCUAGGUGCUUACCAGAGAGCUAUGCGACAAGGCCGAGCUGGUGGACUGUUAGCUCCUCGUCACGGACAUCUUCGAUUAUUCCCGCUCUAUGCACUUGCCAUGUUGAAGCACACAUCUUUCUGUGCUGGUCGCAGUAUCAAGCUAGACGAUCGCGUUGCUGCAAUGCUUAUGUUGCGGUUCUGUCCAUUGGAACAAAUACUCUCUGAAUUCUACCCUCAAAUGUAUAGGAUCAAUGAGAUAAUGCAGCUCGAAGAGGGGCAGUGGCCAUCAGCGCUACCGCUUUCGUUCGAAUACAUAAGCAGAGAUGGUAUUUAUCUCAUCGAAGCUGGCUCUGCACUCUUUCUUUAUGUCUCUUCAAACUCACCUCCUGAGUUGAUUCAAGAUCUGUUUGGGUGCACCUAUCAGGAGAUAGAUGAGCAUUCUUUCCGGACCUAUGAUAAUGCGUUCUCGGAAAAAGUGCAUUCAUUCGUUCGGCAUGUUACUGCUCUUAAGUUCUACUUGGGUCCAGUUAUCGUUGUGACGGAGGAAUCACCCAUACGCGAAGUAGUUGUGCGGCGCCUGGUUGACGAUCGCACGGAAUCGACACAUUCUUACGUCGAAUUUUUGCAACACAUCAAGCGUGAAAUCAAUUCUUGAUUGGAGUUUGUUGCCGUCUUCCCGAGACGAUUGUUUUCGGUACGCACUUUACGUGCUAGUCGUCUGCUGCCCCUUCUUUCCCGCUGCUUCUUCUCUUGCGAUGCACACGACCCGGUGCUACAGUUAUCCAUCGGAUCGUUGCUUUUUCUCUGCGUAGAUGAGUUGUGUCUUAUCAUCAAGUUACGGUCAUAUGUUGGGUGUUUUCUACAGCUCAAUGAGAAUCCUGUACCGCAAUCAUGUUUUUGAUUCUCUUGUUUUCCUACCUUCUAGAUAGUCGCGUAGUUUCAUACAAUAACGGACACUCAAAGUGCGUGUGUCAACGUUUUUCGUGCAUGAUAUACCAAAUCUCUUACUCCGAAGAUUUUGAUUUGCUCUUCUUUUUUAAGUCUAUCACGAAAGGCAACUAGGUAAGCAAGCUGUGAUCCAAAUUAUAUUUCUUUCUUGUUUUGUGUCCUGUAAAUUACGCUGCAUCGUCAAUGUAUUUCAAGUCAUUAAGUAUUUGAUAAUAAAGAGAUUUUUUUACUGAU